CCCCAGUCCUCCCUGAAGCCACGACGCGUCCACGUGGGCGUGGUCUAUCAGUACCACCGCCUCCAGCCCUUCCGAUCUCCAUCCGACGGCCGUGGACGUGGUGCAUGCGUCCCGACCCGGAUCUAACGUCCCUUAUUAGAUUUUAUUUUCUUCAGGUUGGCGAUUAGGUUUUCGUUCUCUCUCCGCGUUCAAAUCCGACCGAGGCCGUGGUGGGGGCCGGAGAAGCGCACGGCCGAGACGAGUCCUCCGGCAUCUGAAGGAACCUCCCGCGUUCCCCGGAGACCCGCAGCCCUACCUCUUCAGAGAAAUCCCCAUUUCCUCUCGUACUUCGUGGAGAAGCUGCCGGAUCGCCACGAUAUUUCCGUGGGCGGGGAAGGGAACGGAAUUCGCUGCCUUUUGCCUCCAAUCUGAUGUAUUUCAGCUAUUUCUCGAGAACAGCUUAUUAAAAGAAUGAAAUGUCUCAACCCUGGGUAGAUGAUGCAAAGUUCUCAGCAUUCACUUCAUCAUCUAGUUCACAUCCUGCGUUUUCUCAAUCUUCACUAUAUUCCAGCUUAAGUUGCAGUCAUAGAAAUGUUUAUCGGUUGUUAGCAUUGAGGGAGAUCUCUCCUCGAGCAAAACGCUACUCGAAAAGGCUGUGGGGUGAAGCUACAAAGGGGAGAGCUGAUUGUCUUGAGCUAAGAUGUGAAACUAUCGAUGCACGACGUGCUCUUAUUUCUUGGGUAGAAGCAGAGUCGUUGCGUCACCUGUCAGCCAAGUAUUGUCCUCUUUUGCCACCGCCGAGGUCCACAAUUGCAGCAGCAUUUAGUUCUGAUGGAAAAACUCUUGCUUCCACACAUGGUGACCACACUGUUAAGAUAAUUGACUGCCACACUGGAAACUGUUUGAAGGUGUUGACUGGCCAUCGACGAACACCUUGGGUGGUUAGGUACCAUCCACUGUAUUCAGAAAUACUUGCAAGUGGUAGCUUGGAUCAUGAAGUUCGUAUCUGGGAUGCUCAUACCGCAGAUUGUAUUGGGUCACGCGAUUUCUAUCGGCCAAUUGCCUCGAUUGCUUUUCAUGCCCAAGGAGAGCUUCUUGCUGUAGCAUCAGGUCACAAGCUAUACAUAUGGAACUACAAUAAGAGAGGAGAAGCUUCUUCCCCAGUGAUUGUGCUGAGGACUCGGCGUUCUUUGAGGGCUGUGCAUUUUCAUCCCCAUGCAGCACCAUUUCUAUUGACAGCUGAGGUUAAUGAUCUUGAUUCGCCAGACUCACCACUGACACUUGCAACUUCUUCUGGCUAUUUGCACUAUCCUCCUCCAGCUGUCUUUUUUGCAAACAUUAAUUCAAGUCUGCGUCCACAUCUGGAGGCUCAGGUGCCUCUCAUACCUUCUUCAUAUUUGUUACGGCCAACAUUUGUAAUGGAUGAUGGAAGAAUGCCUUUGCAACAGGGUCCUAGGUUUGGUAGAUCCGGUAAUGGGCAGCAAAGACAGAGAAAUGUUGAUAUAGGAAGCCAAGAUGAGAACUUAACGACCCCGAUGGAUAUAUCUCUGGGAGAGAUUUCUAGUGCAAAUAUUAUGACAGAAGAUGCAGUUGCUGAUUCUAUGCUGACCAGAAUGGAAACAGUAACAUAUGAUUCUUUUAUGGGAAGUGCAGAAAACAUUGAAGGGCAGCCUACUGUUGGAUUUCAGCAAAGAAGUUCUACUGGUAUGGUGGAGAGUUUGGAUGCUUUGAACACCAGGCCAUCAACUACUUUCCAUUGCAAUGGGGUGGCUAUAAGAAUACCUGUGAGGCAAUCAAGGCCAGGUGUAGAGAGCACUUCUGCUUUCAAUUCUUCAAUCUCGUCAGGCAGUACUGACCUUCAAAUGCUAUUAAGAAGUGUAGAUGGUGGACAACUUCAUCAAUUUAUUCCUUUCAGUGAUGCAGCAUGCUGGGAGUUGCCUUUUUUACAGGGCUGGUUAAUGGGUCAAACUUAUGCAGGUCUGCAUACAGCAAUACCUGUCAAUAGUGCACUCCAAGGAAAUUCAUCUGUAGUUCACGGAACAGGAACUGACUUCUUGACACCUGAAUUACUGUAUACCCGUAAUGUGGAAGCUCUAGUGGCUUCUUCUUCAAUGCCAAACACUAGUGGCCAUGCUAGGGUAACUGGACGAUCUGGUUCUCGGCAUCGGCCGCGCUCCCGUUUGAUGGCUUCUACAGCUGUUGGAGAAGGUGCCUCAUUUCUUAAUGCCCAAAAUGAUGAAGCUGAGCCUCAUCCUGGUCCUAGUGGUAUUGAAUCUGAAAUUCCUACAUCGUUGGCUGCAGCAGCUGCUGCUGAACUACCUUGUACGGUGAAGCUAAGAAUAUGGCCACAUGAUAUACAAGAUCCAUGUGCCACUUUAGAGCCAGAGGCAUGCCGUUUAACUAUACCACAUGCUGUCCUUUGCAGUGAAAUGGGUGCCCAUUUUUCUCCUUGUGGCCGAUUUUUGGUCGCUUGUGUUGCAUGCUUACUGCCCCAUGUCGAAGGUGAUCCAGGAGUUCAGUCACAGAUGCAACAUGAUGCUACAGGGGCAGCAACAUCCCCAACACGCCAUCCAAUUUCAGCUCACCAAGUUAUGUAUGAGCUUCGCAUCUAUUCUCUUGAAGAGGCAACCUUCGGCAUCGUGCUAGCUUCAAGAGCAAUCAGAGCUGCUCAUUGCUUGACUUCUAUUCAGUUCUCUCCUACAUCGGAACACGUAUUAUUAGCUUAUGGUCGUCGCCAUAGUUCACUUCUAAGGAGCAUUGUUGUUGAUGGGGAGACUGCAAUACCUAUAUACACAAUAUUGGAGGUUUAUAGAGUUUCAGAUAUGGAGCUUGUAAAAGUUCUUCCUAGUGCAGAAGAUGAGGUCAAUGUUGCAUGCUUUCAUCCUUCGGUUGGAGGAGGUCUUGUUUAUGGGACUAAGGAAGGCAAGCUCAGGAUUCUUCAGUAUGAUGGCCCACAUGACACAAGUUGCACAGGACCAAAUUUCUUUCUUGAGGAGAAUAUGCUUGAGAUCCAGAAGUAUGCCUUAGAAUGUUGAAAAAUAGAGAUCGCUAUAAAUCCAAGAGUCAUUGCUCAUUUUGCUUGGCUGAUAACCUUUGUACAGAAGUAGCUCCAAGAGAUACAGUGUAGUAGUUGUCUUGACUCUUCCUCAACUAACUCAAGGCAGAUCGUGCACCGGGAGUUUGUUCAAGUGGAUGUGGAAUUUGGUAAGCAUAUGUGACAUUGUAAAUGCAAGAAUGAAUGUUAUUUAUAAAGAUAAGAAGCACUGAAAAUGCUGCACCAUCAUUGAAGCCUGAUCCAUAUCGAAGAUUCCUUGGUUGUUAUGUGGUGUUUGAAUUUGUAAGGUUACAAAACCAGCAGAAAGUUUCUGACAUGUACUUUGGGGGAGAGGUGGGUAGCAUAAGACAAAUGAACUGGGACUGUGCAAUGCUUAUCUGCCCUAUCAGUUCAUUUACAGGAGAAGUAUACAUGAGAAUUAAUAUACAAAAAGUCCUUGUAGAUGUAGAUACAGUAUGUAUUAGGCUUAGUGAUAUGUGGUAAAAUACGCUGCACUGGAGCUUUUAUAUCUCAGAUUUAUUCAGGUUGAUGCAUGCUUUGGAGCUGUAUUGCACUUAGCUAGUUGAACCUCCAAUGAGGGAGGAAGUCAUUCCUCUUUUUUGCACCAAAAAAGAUAUAUAGCGUUCCCC